AUAGAUAUUUACUUUGUGCAUGACAAGGUUUUGAUAAAAGAACUUGAAGUUAGAUAUGUCCCUUCUUUUGAGCAGGUAGCAAAUUGUCUCACCGCAGGCCUUCCUCCCUAUUGUUUUCUCGAGCUGAUCUCCAAACUUGGUGUAAGGGAAUCACCCCUUCUUUUGAGGGGCGGUAUUAAGAAAGCUAAUCACAAUUAGCUCUGUAAUUGCUCUGGUCUUUCAGCUUAUUCUCCCUCUAGUAUGUGCUGGUAUAUUGGUUACAUAGUGCUUGGAAUAUACCUUAAGGUGGUUAUAACAAUCAUGAGGCAAUCUUUGCCUGAGUCUGUAAUGAAUCUUGUCUGUUAUUUUGUUUUUGUUUUUAAUGUAUGGCCACUUGGCACAGCCUUUUGGCUUUCUUUUGUAUUCCUACCUAUUAAUGCAUUGCAGUACCUCAGUCUCAUUUUGAGAUGAGUUUAUUCUUUUUGUCAUAGUCUUAAAAUUCUCUCCGUAAUACUAAAUCGGAAGAAUUCCCCUGUAAAAAACACUAGAUCGGAAGAAGGUUCUCAUAACACCCUUGAAUUUGUAAUGUGCUCUUAUGAUGAAUUAUGAUACCUCUCUUCCCUCCAUAUCCCAAAACCAAUUCGUUCCUCUACUCUCCUUCUUCUUUCUUCCACAGAUAUUGCCAUUACAAAGGAUCAUCACCAGAUUCCACUCCUACCCGCUUCAACAAUCUUCUAAACGACACCACCCAAACCAAUAACCUCAAACAUGUCUCCCAAAUUCACGCCCAGCUCAUCACAAACGACAUCAUCUCCAUCUCUUUCCUUUUCAACAACCUCCUCAACUCCUACGCCAAAUGUGGCCUCAUCAACAGAAGUCUGCUAUUGUUAUCUACCGCCGGCGACGAUGUGUCCAAAAACGUAGUCGCUUGGACUACUCUCGUCACUCGAAUCUUCCAUUCCCGAAAACCCUUUGAAGCUUUGUCGCUCUUUAGCCAAAUGAGGUGCUCUGGUGUAGUCCCGAACCAGUUCACCUUCUCUGCAGCUUUGCCCGCUUGUGGGGACACUGAGAUUUUAGUUAAUGGCAAACAACUUCAUUGUUUGGUUUGGAAACUUGGGCUUGAAACCCAUUUGUUUGUAUGCUCUGCUUUGAUCGACAUGUACGCGAAAUGUUGUGAUAUGGUUUCUGCGGAGAAGGUGUUUGAUGAAAUGCCUGAGAGAAAUGUUGUUUCUUGGAAUUCUAUGAUUACGGGAUUUUUAAGAAACGAGUUUUAUGAUCGUGGUGUUGAGUUUUUUAAGGAGGUUAUCAGGGAGAGUUCGGUCUUUCCUAAUGAAGUGAGCUUUUUGAAUGCGUUGAGUGCUUGUGCCAAAAUAGGGACCGUGGAAUUCGGUAGACAAGUUCACGGGGUUGUUGUGAAACAUGGCUUGGAAACAUUAUCUUAUGUGAGGAACUCGUUGAUUGACAUGUACUGUAAAUGUGGGGGGUUUAAUAAUGCCGUUGAGUUGUUUCAAAUAAGAGGAGACUCUCAGAGCGACGUAGUAUCGUGGAAUAUUAUGGUAAGUGGAUUCAUUUCUAAUAACAAGUUCGAAGAUGCAUGCAACCUUUUUUGGAUCAUGAGAAGGGAAGGCUUGAAACUUGAUGAAGCUUCUUACUCUUCUGCCCUUAAUGCUUCAGCUUGCCUUUCAACUCUUAAUCAAGGCAUUUUGAUCCAUGACCAGAUAAUAAAAUCUGGGUUUGUCAGGAAUGCAUGUGUUUUAAGUUCAUUAAUAACAAUGUAUUCAAAAUGUGGAAGCCUGAUUGAUGCUUUUCGCGUCUUUGAAGAAACUAAGGAUCGUAAUGUCAUUUGUUGGACUGCUAUGAUCACAGCUUACCAACAGCAUGGCUAUGUGAACCAAGUGAUUGAAUCAUUCCAGGAAAUGAUAGGAGAUGGAAUGAAGCCUAAUUAUGUAACUUUUGUCACUGUUCUAUCAGCUUGUGGCCAUGCUGGGCUUGUGGAGGAAGGUUUUGCAUACUUUGAUUCAAUGACCAAAAUUUAUGGUGUCAAUCCCGGACAUGAACACUAUGCUUGCAUGGUUGACUUGCUUGGUCGUGCAGGUCGAUUAGAUGAAGCUAAAAGGUUUAUAGAAUCAAUGCCAAUUAAACCAAAACCUUCAAUUUGGGGAGCUUUGCUUGGUGCUUGCAAGAAUUAUGACAAUCUUGAAAUGGGCAAAGAAGUUGCUGCAAAGCUUUUUGAGUUGGAACCAGAUAAUCCUGGAAAUUAUGUGCUGCUAUCUAAUAUUUAUAGAGAUAAGGGAAGGUUAGAAGAAGCAGAUCAAAUUAGACGAUUGAUGGGAGUUAAUGGGAUAAGAAAGGCACGUGGGUGUAGCUGGAUUGAUGUCAAGAAUAAAAUACUUUGUGUUUAGCCCAUGAUAAGUCAAAUAUAAGGAGGGAUAUAUGAGAUAUUGACAAAAUUGAACGAAUUAGUGGAGAAUAAAGGAAAUUCUUUAGAGACGUUUUGCGAACAAUUGUGUUGAGGCAUCCGGAGAGAAGAGCUUGUACUAACACAGCAAAAUAUUAGCCCUUGCAUUUGGGCUACUGAGACUUCAAGUUAAGGCUUCAAUAAGGAUAGAGAAUCUUAGGAUUUGUCAUCACUGUCAUACAGUAAAGAAAUUUGUUUAGAUAAUUUUGAGAGAGAUUAUUGUAAAGCUCAUGAACUGGGUUCAUUGAUUUGCUAAUGGCUUGUUCGUGCAGGGAUUUUUGGUGAUGAACAAAAAUGCAUCGAUCAAGGCCUUUUGCCUUUUGAAUUUUAGUUUGGUUUUUCUUCUCAAUGAUGUGAACAUUAUUGACAAUUGUAAUUAAAUAUGAACUGGAGGCACUUCAAUGGAAUACCUGGACGUUCAGCUA